UUUCUUUCCAACAGAACAUUUGUCACAGUAACCCAUGCCCUGGAGAGAACUUUAUCUGUCAGGUGGGCUUCACAGCUAAACGCUACCGAUGUGUUUGCCGUGAUGGUUUUAAAGGAGAAAACUGCGACGAAGGUAGACUCGUUAGGUUGACUCUGUUUUGUUUUGUUUUGUUUUGUUUUGUUUUUUUUUUGUCAGUAUGUGUUAGCGCAUUGUUUGACUAACAAUCCGGGAAGUUCGGUCUCUUUACUUAAACGUGGUCCAUGUGCCAAGUUUUUGAAUAGUUAUUUUCGAUUAUUCGCCCUAUAUGUGAAUUAUUAUAUUACCCCAGCGUAUAGGUAGGGUUUUUAAGGUGGUCCAAUACUGACUGAAGAUGGCCGAGUCCUCGGACAUGGAGUUUUUCCAUAAGGCGCGGGUGCCUCCCUGGACCCGGUUGCAUAAAACCUGCACUUAAGUGCUCACUUAAGUAGGUCACUUACGAAUCCGUUAUGGGGACACUUACGGGUGUUGCAUGGAACGCACUUAGCACUCUCGUAAGUUUCUGUUUUACGUGGUAACUUACGGGCUCCUCACUUAAGGACACAGGUAACUUUGAUAUAGUACUUUAUUAGUGACCCAACCUAUUAUUUUUAAGCUAACCAUCGAUGGGUUUAAAGAAAUUAGCUGGUCGUUUCGAACACUCUUGAGCCUCUGUUAGAUGAUUAGGGAAAUUCAGCCGGUUGAGAUAACGUUUUAUAUAGACAGAAAAAAGUGUGUCAUCAUUUAACCAAAAAAAAAUUAUUCGACCGAGAAGUUUCGACAUGAUAGAAAAAGAGUUUAUUAAUGUAAUAUCUGCACUGGUUCUAAACUACUUGUUAAUGUUAAGUUUUCGUCUAAACAACUGUAACUUAAGAUCAAGCCGCUGUUCCUUCUUUUUUAGAAUUCUCAUUUUGACAUCAUGCUCUUCUUUUAAAUGUUCUUCAUAUAUCUUCUUAAUGUUCCUUUCUCUAUGUCCUUGUUCCCUAACAGAGUCGGAAUCAGGUACAGUUUAGUUAUUUUGUUUGUUCUUCCCUUAAACGGCUUUCUUCUUACUCCUUCUCCGAAGUUCUCUAGCCACUUUCUCAUUCAACCACCCUAUCUGGGCCUACUGGAAGGUACGAUGAAGUUGACGAUAGGCUGUGUUUCUCAAUAGCGCCACUUGAAGCAUCAAGGGUGUGUUCUCUAGCUUGGAUAUUAUCCCCAGAGUCUAUUCCACCAACUAUAGAUACGUGGUAUAGGGAUUUUCUUUUCCGAGUAUCUCGGUGAUUAGCUCGUCACCAUCAGUCCACUCUAUUGCACCUGCACCCCAGUCUUCUUUCGUUUGGCGUAUUUGGCUUUAGUGGCUGACGACAAGUCCUCCCAUUUCUUUUUAAGUUGUUCCUUGGUUCUUGGUGGGAACCCGGCGGCUAUACUAACUGUGUGAACCUCCAACCAUGUUUGCAUUUUCAAUAUAAAUGUCAGUGUAGGAGAUAAAGUACCGAAUAGAGUCAUCUUUCGCCUUUUUACCUCAUGGAGAAAAAAAAUUGUGAUUUUAUCCGUCUAAAAAAUUCGGCGCUCUUUUUCUGGGGUUAGAGCCUUCUUCAUCUUCAGAAUUCCGUUUCAUUGACAUGCUAGAAAUGUAGAAAUGUUUUUCUAAACGAUGAUGAAGAAGAAGCUACGAGCGACAGCAGCAAUGCUGAUGAAGGAUACCAAGACGACAUUAAUGAAACUGAAGAGGGUCGAAAAAAACGUUAGGAAUUUGCUCGUUCGUUUUUGUUUGUGUUUUUUGUUUGUGUUUUUUUUUUCACAAUCCUUAUAAUCUAUUGAAGCUGAUGACAGUUUUUAAAUAAUUUCAAAUCAUUCAGCAAAGAAGAUUGACAUUUUAAUAUCCUAUGAGUGAAACUCAUCAAGUCCGUUGACUUUCCUUGAAAUACGUUUGCAUGCCAUCGUUAUUUUACAAGAAUAUUUACUGAUAAUGUUUGUUGCAUGUUCUACUUUUUUUUCUGAAAGACGGCUUUCAAUAAAGUGAACAUCAGAGGUUAACAAAGCGCAUUAGAACGGAAUUACCUAAAUAAAAAAACUUUUUUUUCACUUCUCAGUAAACGAUCUCAUUAACUUUAGUAGAAACAGUAAGGAUACGGGACCUACAUAGGUCCCGUAAAUUUUCGUGCUAUUUUUCCCGUAAAAAAAGUUUUAUGCAACACCCGCAAUUUCCGUUGCAUAAAUGACACUUAAGUCUAUACUUACGAAAAUCGUAAGUGCAGCCACUUAAGUGAAAUCCCUAAGUGGACCACGUAAGUAAUUUAAUGCAACUCACUUAAGUUACGAGUACACGUACGUAUACCCGUAACUGUUACGGGCGUUUUAUGCAACCGGGCCCUGAAUUCCACCCUAAACUGACGUGACAACUGUCAGCUGGUCGAACAGUGUGCUCUGCGGAUCCCUUUUUAGCAACUUGUUGACUUCAAAUCCUUGAAGCCAGCUAGGAACGCGCGCGAUUGAAAAG